AUGGAAGAAAGAGAGGCAAGCGAGUCUACACGCUUGCUGCCUUCCCAAGAUGGCCAUGAUUCAGCGCUGCAAACCUCGCUCUCGAUCAUCCCAAAUUCACGCCGCACAAUCCUCGUUGUGGCUGCAAUACAAAUUGUUCUGAAUAUUGGAAGCUAUGUUAGUUUUGCAGCCCAACUGGCCAUAUUGCAGGAUAUUGUCUGUAAAAGUCACUACCAAGAAGGAGAAUCUCUAUACAUGGACAACGAUCGAUGCAAUGUGGAUGCUGUGCAGAGCGAAGUCGCUUUCAUUAACGGUUGGAAAGAUGUGUUUGAGAUGCUGCCAGCCAUUAUUCUUGCAGUUCCAUAUGGAGCUUUGGCAGAUCGCAUCGGGCGCAAAAGGGUCUUUCUUCUCACCAUUGUAGGCAUAGGUAUGAAUGACCUGUGGAUGCGAAUGGUCUUGUGGUUUUCCAACGUUUUCCCCAUUCGAGCGGUUUGGUUCGGCGGCUUGUGGCAAAUCAUAGGAGCUGGCGCUGCAUCUCUGUCAUCUAUCUCGCAUGUCAUGGUUGCCGAUGUUUGCCCAAGCGAUCAAAGAACGACAGCCUUCUCGCAGCUUCAAUCGGCCAUUAUGAUUGCUCAAUUUAUCUUUGUCCCCGUGGGAGGCACAUUGGUAUCCAUCGACCCUUGGAUUCCUAUGAUGAUCUCCUCCGUGGCGACUGCUCUGGCUUUCCUUGGAGCGCUGAUCUUUCUCCCAGAGACACUGCCGUUGGCAGAACGAGACUCUAGCAGUACUAAUGUUAUUGACAACCACCAUGGCGAUCAAAUAUCACCCACAGGCACCAAACAUGGCUUUCAAAUUCGGCGGACGAAUUUGGUAGCAGGCUCCGCCGCGAUGAUGAAAUGGGUCAAGCAAAACUCGCGACUUGUUGUCGUGAUUGUAUGCUUCUUCCCAUGGAGCAUCGGGCAGCAGGCAAGCGGGACUCUUCUUUUGCAAUACGCAUCAAAGCGCUUAAAUUGGUCUUUGGGCAAGGCUUCGUAUCUCGUGUCCCUUGGGGCGGGGAUUAACUUAGUUGUGCAUGCGGUCGGCAUUCCUGCUCUAUCUACUGUCUUGUUAUGGCGUCUCAAGCUGCACGAAAUCGCCAAAGACAAGCGCAUUGCCCAGAUCAGCGGGUUUUUCCUAGUUCUUGGGACAAGUAUCAUCUUCACUGCGGGAUCUUGGACUAUUCUUGUCCUUGGCCAAGUAGUGUAUAGUAUGGGACUGGCAUUCAGCGUCCCUGCGCGAAGCAUAGUAACAAGCAUGGUCGAAAAAAGGCAUCUCGCAGCACUUUAUACGACAAUCUCGGUGCUGCUAUAUGGUGGUAUGCUCACUGGUGGGCCAUUGUUUGCGGGGGCGUUUGGCUGGGGGCUCCGUCUAGGUGGGCUGUGGGUUGGGAUGCCAUAUUUGAUAUCCUGUGGCUGCUUUGCUUUAGCAUUACUGGCAGUUUCAACAGCGCCGGCGGUGGGUAAAAUGCCACGUGCGGUGGAUAACGAAGAUGGAGACGGCGUGGAUUCAAGCGGCCCGUAGUCAUGACAAGCGCAGAUCUUGACGGCUUUAUGAUAUAUAUAGGAAAUCUUGCUUAUAGAAUACCAG